GUUCAGAUUCCCGCCUAGAAGAAUUGUGAGGACCGGAAAUUCAUGACCAUAGAGACCUGGGAGACGACGUGCAGGAUGUAUGAGUAGGUGCCCAUGGGAAUAGACGGGAUUGGAGUUGGAGGGACUUUUCUUUAUCAUUGCCUCAUUUGAUGGGUGAUAGCAUGAGCUGGGCUGGAUUCACUUCAGUUGUGAUUAUUUUCAAGCAACAUUGGACUAUUCGGUUUCCUUUGUUUCAUGAUACCUAUCAUCACCAUUCACCAAGGCCGGUUUACAGUGGAUUAAACUUUGGAGUUCCAUCAAGGCACAUUGCGGCGUCUGAUAUCUGGUAUAUCUCACCGUCUACUCUUCCAUGGCGGACCAGCAGGUCAUUUUCGGGUAGCAUGUUCGCGCUUUCGACCGUUCGACCUGUCAACUUUUUACCAUUCUUAUCUAUAUUCUUAUUCUUAGUCUUAUUGCUAGCGUCUUCUUUCAGACUGGUUUCCUUGAGUGGAAGAAAUCAAAAUAGCCACCUUUUGCACCAGCGACUACGCGUAGUUGCACAUAUACCCGGCUUUUAGGCUGCGGAUGGCACUGGAUUGGGUUGGCACAGUUUGGCUUGUACAUAUAACAGAAAGAUGAGGAUU